CGCACUUGCAUUGAACGUUCGAACGCGAACGCCUGCCGUGUACAUGCUCGCUUUGCGCUAAAAUGAGGUUCACUAAACCAGCUUGGGUGGCACACAAAGAUACAUCCAUCAAGGGCGACCAAACCAAGCGCCUCUCCAUAUUCUCCGUCCAUGUCCACCCAGACGACUCUCGGAUCGCUACAGGGGGCCUCGAUGCGAAAGUGCGAAUAUGGAGCACGAAACCCAUUCUGAACGAGGUGUCAGAGCUGUCGAACAAGCCGCCCAAGGCGCUAUGUUCACUUACAAUGCACACCGGGCCUGUCCUGUGCGUGCGAUGGGCACAUUCGGGGCGGUGGCUUGCGAGUGGGAGUGACGACCAGAUCGUCAUGAUAUGGGAUCUGGACCCGUCUGCUAAAGGGAAGGUCUGGGGUUCGGAUGAGGUGAACGUAGAAGGAUGGAAACCUAUGAAGCGACUACCAGGACAUGAGAGCGACGUUACGGAUCUCGCUUGGUCUCCCGGAGAUCGCUACCUUGCUUCAGUAGGCUUGGACUCGCAGGUUAUCGUAUGGUGCGGAUUCACACUAGAACGCCUGCGCAAACUAGACUCGCACAAUGGUUUCGUCAAAGGUGUAUGCUGGGACCCGGUUGGGGAGUUCCUCGCGACGCAAUCAGACGACCGUUCGGUCAAGAUCUGGCGCACAACCGAUUGGGGCUUAGAAGCGGAAGUUAGGAAACCGUUCGAGGAUUCACCUGGCAGCACGUUCUUCCGGAGACUGAGUUGGUCUCCUGACGGUGCACACAUAACGGCCUCAAAUGCCACUAAUAACAAGGGUUUUGUGUUCAUCGCAGCUGUCAUAUCGCGCAACACGUGGACUAGUGAGAUCAGUCUCGUUGGUCAUGAAAACACAGUCGAAGUCGCUUGUUACAACCCCCACAUCUUCCUGCGUGACCCAGACGGUGAAGUGAAGACAUCGAAUAUAUGCUCUGUUGUUGCUCUAGGCGCCGAUGACCGAUCUGUCUCUGUGUGGCAGACAAAGUCUGCACGACCGAUCAUCGUCGCAAAGGAGGCCUUCGACCGACAAAUCAUGGAUCUGAGCUGGUCGUGGGACGGUCUCACGUUGUACGCAGUAUCCUCGGACGGCACGCUGGGCGUCUUCAACUUUGACCCUGAAGAGCUCGAAGGCAUCGCGCCCUUCUCUGCACAGAAACAGUACCUCCACAAGUUCGGUUUCGUCCCGCCGCCGCUGCCAGAAGGGUACUCACACACCGUGCCCUCGCAAUUAGCCGCUGCGCCAAUGCCGGCCCAGCAGACCGGGUUCGAUGCACAGGCGAACGGGCACGGCGGGGAGCGCAUCAACAAGCUUGUUGCGAAGCGCAAGGACAAGAAGCGCAUCCAGCCGACAUCAAUACCUUCCGCGUCCGUGCCCGAGGCAUCGUCGUCGUCAUCAGCAUUCCGGCCCCCACUGUCGACGUCACGCGUGUUCGACGAGCCGAUGCCACCGCCCCCGAGUAGCAUGCGGCUGCAGCCCCCGCCGUUCAGCGUGAGCGGCCCGUCAUCGCCCCCUGGAUCUUCGAUGCAGAUGUCGAGCAGCUUCGCGGCGCAGGACUUCUCAUUUGACGUGGAUAUGGAGCGCGGGAUGGAUGUGCGGAUCGAAGCGCUAGAUGACUCUGCUUCAGCAGCUGGCAAGGGGAAGAGGAAGGCCAGUGCAGCAGACUUGAUGGACGACGGGUUGAAGCCCAGUAGGCCGAGGACGCUGGGUGGGGAUAGGCCGAGAGAGCAGGUGGUUGUGAAGGAGAUCGUCGGGCGGACGACCGCUGUCGUCGGUGUGCCGAACCAGUGGCGGCCGAGUGGUGUGCUGAGUGUGCCGCCAUUACUGACGUAUCUGAGUGUGAAGGUUGAGGGAAGCGAGGAUUUGGUCUUCGAGGCUAAGAAUUCGGAAAAUGCUGAUAACUUCGAGGUGGUGCUUGUGAAAGGGAAGCAGACGCAGUGGUUGGAUUAUCUACCGAGUGCGGUGCUAGCACUGGCUGCGACGCAAGUAUAUUGUGCUUGUGCGACCGAGGAUGGAAGUGUUAAUGUAUAUUCUCCGCAAGGAAGACGGUUAAUGCCGACUCUUUCGCUCGGAUCGCCUCCUGCCUUUUUUGAUGGCACUAAAUGCGCUUUGAUGGCGAUCACAGCGUCGGGAAUGCUAUAUGCCUGGAACGUGAAGAAACGGUCGACAUUUUUCCCUCCAGUGUCAGUCCAGCCUCUACUCGAGCCUCCAGGUCGAAGUAUUCUGUCAGCUUUCGUACGCCCCAACGGUGCCCCGGUGAUCCAAGUAUCGAACGGCGUGGCUUAUUCUUACGAUACAUCGCUGUCCUCCUGGAUUAAGCUGAGCGAGCGCUGGUGGGCCGCCGGGUCCGACGCAUGGCAGGGCCGCCAGCGAGCGAACAGCCAGGUCGCCGCGCGUGGCGUCGUUUCUUGCAUCGAAGGCGAGCUGCGUAACCCCCGUCCUGGGGAGGAGGGGUACGUCGAACCGGAUCAGGCACGGCCGGGGUGGUGGAACAUCGCGAUGACACUCGGGCAUCUGGAGACGAAGUUGCAUGCAGCAAAGAGUGUGGAGAGUCCGCAGGAGUUCAAGCAGGUCUUGCUUGUCUAUGCGAAGAAGAUUGCGGAUGAGGGAUUCAGAGGUAAAGCGGAGGAGUUGAUAAAGGAGCUGUUCGGGCCUGUUUACUGGCGCCCUGGGAAGGAUGACUCUUGGUCCCCGACUGUCUUAGGGUUCUCAAAACGUGAUCUGUUGAGAGAAGUCUUGAAUGUCUUUGCACGAAGUCGAACGUUGACCAAGUUAGCCAUGGAUUGGCAGGAUACACUCAAGAAGGCCAGCGUUGAUGAAUAGUCCCUCUUUGUAUCCGAUAGUACUUGUAUGUUCGUGUCCUAUGCUUGAGCUGUUGUAAUAUUCGUCUACAGUAACUUACGAGCUAUGAACGGCCUGUGUCGGUCUCGCCAGCCACCUCCACAGUCCCGUGCGCUUUUCUAUGAUCCUCAGCUGCUUUCGGUACUCGCUGUUUAUUUAUCAUCAAUAUGCAGAGCUACUUGGG